CGAACGACCGCUGCUCACUGCAACGCAGACACACACAGACAGACACAUACAGACAGACACACACACACACACAGACACAUACAGACACAGACACACACACACACACAGGCACACACAGACGGACAAUGAUUGAGAUUACUUGCAAUGACCGCCUUGGCAAGAAGGUCCGCGUCAAGUGCAAUGAGGAUGACACCGUCGGCGACCUGAAGAAGUUGGUGGCUGCAUUGACGGGUACACGUGCGGAUAAGAUUAUCUUGAAGAAGUGGUACACCAUCUUCAAGGAUCACAUUACGCUGGCAGACUACGAAAUCCACGACGGCAUGAACCUCGAGCUCUAUUACCAGUAAUGCAGAGAAGGCCUGCGUGCCUUUUGCUGCUUUGUAUUAACCCCACGCCCUCUUCUCCCUUUCAGUCUUUCGGUCUUUCUGUUUCCUCCUCCCUUCUCUCUUGUUAAUUGACGACGCCUUGAGGCAGUGGCCAGCGCCGUCGCCGCUGUUGCGCCUGCUGCUGAGUGGCCCUUUGUUGUGUGGACGCGCUAGCACAACCAUGCACGUUGUCGCAGUCAUAUUCGCUGCUACGGCCGUGUCUCGCCCGUCCGUCCCUGUGUCGCUCGUGCCAUUGUUGCAGCGCUCGCGUGUUUCGUGUCGUACAGCGCAUCAGCGGCCCUUGCCCUGAGUUUUCAUUGCAUAUCAUGUGUACUGAUUCGCAUGUGGUCAGGCACGCAAGUAGCCAAAGCAAACGAUGGUGGCCGCCCGUGGCACAUUAAAGCAACGCGCGCGCGUGUAAUGUAACCAUCACAAUCAGUGUGUAACAUAACAUUGUAACCGC